AUGCUAGUGUGGUUACCAGCAGUAUCAAAGCUAGCAGAUGUGGAGGAGGAGGAGGAGGAGGAGGAGGAGGAGGAGGAGGAGGAGGAGGAGGAGGAGGAGGAGGAGGAGGAGGAGGAGGAGGAGGAGGAGGAGGAGGAGGAGGAGGAGGAGAGAGCUGAAAGGAGGGAAGGGGAGAGGGUAACAUUGAGACAGGCAUCGGUUGUCACUGUCACUGGCCCUCCUCUUUGCUUCUCCCACUCCUCCCACUCCUCCCACUCCACACGUUACACCUGCGCCCUCUUCUCUCUCUCCCUUGCUGCUCUCUCCCCUUCCUACCCUCCCACUCUCUCCCCCUCCACCCCUCCCCCUCUCUCCCCCUCCUCCCUCCUUACUUUCUCCCCCUCCUCCCAUACGCGUUUCAGUAUGUUUCUGUUCCAGAUGGGAUGUCCCAUUAAAAGUCAUGAUCCGGAUGCUUACACUGCCGCUAUUGAGUGUGCUACUAAUGGGAAUGCUGCUGCUAUCAGCCUUGGCAACGGGAGGGGAUGGAGGGGAGAGAGCACCCGGUCGAAAGCAAGUGGAAUGGGGAAGAGUGGAAAGGAGGGAGGAGCCGAGAGGGGAGGAGAGAGGGGAAUCGAGAGGGGAGGCGAGAGGGGAAGAGAGAAGGGAGGAGAGGCGAGAUAA